AUGGUUAUGCAGCCCAAGAGACAGGAGUCGGUUAAGAAGGUAUUUACGUCUUCGAGGAAGGAGACAAUAGGCCCUUUAGGGGCUUUGGUAAUCAAAGAACCAGUUGGAGACAAGGAUGGUGAGGGUGGAAGAGACAAUUCAAAAAAGGUUGGUUUCUCUCCCAUAAUCAUGGACAUAGACCGAAGCAAGGCUUCUAACAAUGCUCAAGAUGCUUGGAUGGGCUUGUCAGACAAGAAGGUCGAUUACGACAUGAGGUCAAAAGAGGAGUUUGAUAAUGAAGAUGAAUUGGAUAUUAUUCACCUGAGAAGUAUUAGCCAAUUGGCUAAUUCUUUGUUGGGGAGAUCCAAAGGAAGUAGAGGGACAAGGAGCAACAAGAAAAAGCAUGAAGAUAGGGCAAAGGAGAAAGCCAUCAUCAAUGUAGUAAGAUUUUUUAGAAGAUCCGAGGGAGAGGACUUCUUCUUCGGGGGACUUGGGCAGGCAGGGAACACCGACAAUGCAGUGGGCUCAAAUGUAACGAUGGCCAAUGUUAUGCAGAUACCAGGCCUCAACACCUUCGGAAUAUCGUUGGUCCGUAUCGAUUACGCAGUGGGUGGAAUAAAUCCUCCUCACACGCACCCAAGAGCCACUGAAGUUCUUGUUUUACUGGAAGGCCAGCUUCUUGUGGGUUUCAUUGACACCACCAACAAGUUUUUCAGCAAAACGUUGGAGAAGGGAGAUGUGUUUGUGUUUCCAAAGGCACUUGUGCAUUUCCAGCAGAAUGUGGGGCAUGAAAAUGCGGUGGCCAUAGCUGCAUUGAGCAGCCAGCUUCCGGGAGCUCAGACAAUCGCCAACUCUCUGUUUGCAGCGGAUCCUCCUCUCCCAGAUUCCGUAUUGGCCAAGGCCUUCCGCAUCACCCAAGAGCUUGCCGAUUACAUUCAGAAGAAAUUUGCAUAA